AUGCCUACCAGAUUCUCAGCAACCAGAAAGCACAGAGGUAAUGUCUCUGCCGGUAAAGGUCGUGUUGGUAAGCACAGAAAGCAUCCCGGUGGUCGUGGUAAGGCCGGUGGUCAACACCACCACAGAACCAACAUGGACAAGUACCAUCCAGGUUACUUCGGAAAGGUUGGUAUGAGACACUUCCGUUUACAACAAGCUCGUUACUGGCGCCCAGUAAUUAACAUCCAGAACUUGUGGUCUUUGAUUCCUGAAGAGAAGAGAGAAGAUGCUUUGAAGAACUCUUCUGCUUCUUCUGCCGUCGUUAUUGACACUUUGGCCAAUGGUUAUGGUAAGGUCCUUGGUAAGGGUUCUUUGCCAAACAUCCCAAUUAUCGUCAAGGCUAGAUUUGUUUCCAAGGAGGCUGAGCAAAGUAUCAGAGCUGUUGGUGGUGUUGUUGAAUUAGUUGCUUAA